ACCGCCCAGCCAGCAGCCUGGACAGCAGACCUCCGGGUACAGAGUCAUGCUGCUGCUGUUUCUGCUGCUGCUGUUUACUUAAGUCGGACGACAGGAUUUAUCUCCUUUGAACGACUUUCGAGGAUGAGACACAUCAGAGUAAGAACUUUCUUGCUGGCGAUAGCUCUUGGUCUUUUGGUCCUCCAUCUCUGUAAAGAUUUUAUAGAUCUCAAAAGCAUCCGCCUGCAUAACGAUGUGAGAGAGGAUGACAGUCAAAGAAGACAACCCAUCACAAAGUACUCCUAUGUCUUCAACUGGCCAGGAUGCCAACAAAAUAAGUCAGCUGCCAAUGUCACCGGCUUCAGCUCUCUUCCUGGAAGCAUCCAAGACUUUCUUUACUAUCAACACUGUCGCCAUUUCCCCAUGCUGCUGGACCUUCCUGGCAAAUGUGGAGGAGCUGACAAUUCAGCAGAUGUUUUCCUUCUGCUAGUCAUUAAAAGCUCUCCUGGGAACUAUGACCGCAGGGAGGUGCUACGCAAAACCUGGGCUAAAGAGAGGACACACAAUGGUGCGCGCAUUCGAAGGAUCUUCAUCUCAGGAACCACGGCCUCUGGUUUUGAGAAAGAGAGACUCAACAAACUUCUGGAGCUGGAGCAACAAGAGUACAGUGAUAUUCUCCAGUGGGACUUUAGUGACACGUUUUACAACCUCACCUUGAAGCAGAUACUUUUCCUGGAAUGGAUGGAAAGAAGCUGUCCAAAUGCUCGCUUCUUGCUAAACGGUGAUGAUGAUGUUUUUGUCAACACAGACAACAUGGUCGAGUAUCUUCAAAGCCUCAAAGACAAUGAUGGAAGCAAGCACCUUUUCACUGGCCAUCUGAUCCAGAAUGUGGGUCCCAUUAGAUCAGCAGCAAGCAAAUAUUAUAUCCCAGUGCAGGUACAGAAGUCAGACUCAUAUCCACCCUACUGUGGUGGUGGGGGCUUCCUCCUGUCUGGCUAUACAGCUUUGGUGAUUUACAAAAUGUCCCACUCCAUUUCUAUUCUUCCCAUUGAUGAUGUUUACAUGGGAAUGUGUCUCGCAAAAGCAGGACUUGGUCCGUCUUCCCAUAUGGGUGUGAAGACAGCAGGACUGCACAUUCCCUCCAGCACAUUAGAUGGAUAUGAUCCAUGCUACUAUAAAGACGUUUUGCUGGUACACAGAUUCCUUUCAGCUCACUUGUAUCUUAUGUGGCACAGAAUACACGACCCCAGUCUGAACUGUGGUCCUUACAAGAAUACGCUUUAGAACCACCUAACUUGUACUUAUAGUUGUCAAGAGUCUUCGUUCCUGCUGGUCUGAUCUUCAGCCUAUCAUGAGGACUGAUUUAGGAACACUGUCUGGCCUAAAACGUGGGCUUACUCCAAUUGAUUUGAUGAGAAAUGUGCCAGACCCGAACAAUAAAUGGAGGGAAUGCCAUACUUCACUGUCGGCUUCAUCUGAGCAAAAAACAUCAUUUAUUAUUUAUGGCCAAUUUGUAAGCUGUCCUGGCUCUUUGAUGGAUGGAUGUCUUUAAAUUUUUCUUGCCUUUAUGAGCUGUUGAGAAAAAACAGCAACCUUAGAGCUUUUUUUUGUCAAACGAUCUUUUCUUCUUUCAUUCUAUAAAAACAUUGUUUAGUAGCUUUUAGGCUUGAAAAGACAAACAAUAUGCACAAAUCAUGCAAGUUCCUAAAAGGCCCUGAUUGAUUGUGAGCAACCUUUUAAAAGAACAUUCCCAGCCCACACCACAUCUGCACAGUUAGGAUAAGUACACAGGGCUUUGGACUGACACUCAAAAGUUUGGAGGAUGGCGUCCUCUUUUGCCUUUUGGGAAGUAAAAUAUACCAGAGCAAAAGUGUCACUCAAUAAUGAGCUGCAGACACUAACACGUCAAGCUAACAUACUUGCUGACAGUACCCAUUAAAAAAAAAAGAUAUAGAUUUUGUCUUGUCAAUUUGCCUCGAUUAUCAUUAAAAACAGAAUAUGUCCCACCAAGACCAAUUUUAUACACAGACGUAGCCAAUGGGGGACAGGAAAUCAAGAAAGGUGACUUUGUUUUUAUGUAAAAAAAUAAAAAAAUAAAUAAAAAAGGGACAUAUCACAGCUAACUGUGAUAAGAAGAAAGACGAAAGAAAACAAGGAUUACUUAAUUCAUUGACUUUUAAGCAUUGAGCAUGGUUCAACUUUUGAGGGAAUAUAUUUUAUUUAUAAGUUGGAAUAAUGGUAAUUGUUUCUGCAUAAGGAAGGUAAGGUCUGCUGUAACCUCAGGGUAAUGUUGGUCAGAGUACUAUUGUGAGGUCCUGAAACACCUGUACACCUGUACUGUGCAACCAAGAAUGAGAAGUGUAUGUGUCACCAGUGGGGUAGGGCCUUAAGUUGUUUGUUUUCGGUAGACAAAUAGCCUUGCCAAUCAAAUCUGUGCAUGGACUUCACCCUUACGUAUUCUUGUAUCUAUUGUGUGGGAGUGAGAUUGUAUUGUGUUGUAUCAAGGUUUGGGUAUUGAUCCAUGAAACAACCUGUAUAUAUAUUCUGCGUUAAAGCAAACUUGCACACAGAAACAAACCAAUACCCAUCUCUAAAGAGCCAAUACUGAGUUGUGCCUACAUUUUACUGGAACAUCAUUUAAAUAUAUCAUCAGGGUUUGAUUAGAAGAAUGACAUUAUGUUACUUUUUGGCUGAGGGUUUGUAAAUUUACAGUUUUCUCUAAUUUAAGGACUUUUUCACUAUAGCCUUUAUUUAUGUUAAACAUAUCGUUCAGAAGGAAACUAAUUAAUGUUUUUGUGUAUAGUGCCUCUCAGACAGAAACCACUGUGAGUAAAGCAAAAAAAAAAAAAAAGAUGCUUUUAAGGAGUGAAAGUGUUUAUGUACAGUCAUGAUCAGGUGGUUGUUGUAAUCGUUGGAAAUUUUGGUUCUUUUAUCUGAGUGAAUAUAGAAAUGUCUGGAUCUGCCUUAUUUUCAUGCUGCUAAGAUAAUUUUUUCUCCAUUGUUUUAUUUUUAUAAUGAGAGCAUUGAGAUUAAAUUUUGUACGGUAUAUAAUAAAGACCUUUAUGUUUUCACAAAUAAAUGAUUUUCAUAUCA